AUGUCUGAACCAGUGAGUAAGAACAAUAUUAAACAAUCUACUCGUCUACAAGCAGGAUCAUCUUUAUUUCAUCGGCAAACAAUAUUGAUAUUAAUUACCACUGCUGUUCUUAGCCUAAUAACUAUCAUUGGUAUUACAACAAUUUCUAUUUACAUUACAAAGGCCGAAAUAACAAUUAAUGAAACUACAACUACAACCAAUGCGUCGACAACAAUAAUUGAAUCAAAAUUCAACAAAUGGAAACAAAAUGCUAUCACUAUGGCUGGUGGAAAUGAAAAAGGACAAGAAUUAUAUCAACUCAAUAGCCCCGAAGGAAUCUUCAUUGAUAAAAACAGAAGUAUUUUUAUUGCUGAUCGUUGGAAUCAUCGUAUUGUUAAAUGGAAAUAUAACGCAAAGAAAGGACAAAUCGUUGCAGGUGGGAGUGGCAAUGGAAAUAGAAUGGAUCAAUUGUCUUUUCCAAGUGAUGUGAUUGUUAAUCGACAAAAUCAUUCGAUCAUUAUUGCUGAUUUUAAUAACAGCCGAGUGAUUCAAUGGAUGAAUCAAACUCAACAAAUUCUCAUUGACAAUAUUUUCUGUAGGGGCUUGGCAAUGGAUAAACAUGGAUUUCUUUAUGUUUCUGACUGGAUUCAGGGUGAAGUGAGACGAUGGAAAAUGGGGGAAUAUAACAAUGAAGGAAUUGUAGUGGCAGGUGGAAAUGGACAAGGAGAUCAACUCAAUCAACUCAAUAAUCCUCGUUCUAUCUUUGUUGAUGAAGAUCAAUCUGUUUAUGUAUCCGAUUGGGUCAAUCAUCGUGUGAUGAAAUGGAGAAAAGAUGCAAAAGAAGGAAAAGUUGUGGCUGGAGGAAAUGGUUAUGGAGGAAAUCUCAAUCAAUUGUAUUAUCCUGAAGGAGUAAUUGUUGAUGAUUUGGGUCAAAUCUAUGUGGCAGAUCAUGGGAAUGAUCGAGUAGUGCGUUGGUACGAAGGAAAAGGAGAAGGUGAAAUUGUUAUUGGCGGAAAUGGUCAUGGAAAUCAAUUAAGUGGUCCUACUGGUUUAUCAUUUGAUGAUGAAGAAAAUCUUUAUGUUGCUGAUAGUUGGAAUAAUCGAAUUCAAAAAUUUGAAAUAGUUUUGUGA